CUAUAUGAUGCUGCUGCUGCUGCCAUUUCAUCAGCGGAGGAACCCUGCGAGCAGCCAGCAAACCCAGAAGUGAUACCGAUACUCCCCCCUCCUCUCCUCUCGUCCUGUCUUCACACACACCGAAAGCGAGAGCAGCAGCCGCCGGGGUUAUUCGUGCAGGAUCCGCUUUUUUGUGGCACCUGCCCCGGGUCGGUGCGCUUUUCUCUCGGCUCUCCAUCGGGCCUGGUAUCGAGAGGGAGGUCGACCCCCUUCGUGUGGGUGCCAUGGAGGUCGUGGCGUGGUCGUGAGCGGCGUGAACACAGCGACAACCCCGGCCUAAAAGCGGACUCCAUCCCUGCUCCAAUCACGCGAGCUGGUGCUGACGCUGGCGCGCGUCCCCGGCGGUUUCCCAUCAUAAGCAAACCCGAGGCGUGCCCCCUCUCCCGGGCCGGGAGCCAUGGAGGCCAUCUGGCUGUACCAGUUCCGGCUGAUCGUGAUCGGGGACUCCACCGUGGGCAAGUCGUGCCUGAUCCGGCGCUUCACGGAGGGCCGCUUCGCCCAGGUGUCCGACCCCACCGUGGGGGUGGACUUCUUCUCGCGCCUGGUGGAGAUCGAGCCCGGCAAGCGGGUCAAGCUGCAGAUCUGGGACACGGCGGGCCAGGAGCGCUUCAGGUCCAUCACCAGGGCUUACUACCGCAACUCCGUGGGCGGGCUCCUCCUCUUUGACAUCACCAACCGCCGCUCUUUCCAGAACGUCCACGACUGGCUGGAGGAGGCUCGCAGUCACGUCCAGCCGCACAGCAUCGUCUUCCUGCUGGUGGGCCACAAGUGCGACCUGGAGGCCCAGCGCCAGGUGACCCGGCAGGAGGCGGAAAAGCUGGCAGGGGCGUACGGGAUGCGCUACAUCGAGACAUCCGCCCGGGACGCCAUCAACGUGGAGCACGCCUUCACCGAGCUGACCAAAGACAUCUUCGCCCUGGUGCGGUCCGGCGACAUCACAAUCCAGGAGGGCUGGGAGGGCGUGAAGAGCGGCUUCGUGCCCAACGUGGUCCACUCGUCAGAGGAGGUGACUAAGAGCGACCGCCGCUGCCUCUGCUGAUCUGGGAAGAGCGCGCAAACGACGGGAGCGAAGGAUUCAGAGGGGCGCGGCUGAUGGACGGAGCUGUCGGCCAUCUUUCUGAGUGAAACUGUUCUUCCCUCGGACUGGACACCGGAUGUUUGUACCAGAUGUAAAAGAACACCUGAAUGUGGAUGGAGGACUCAAAAGGGGUUGUUCCAAUACCUGUACCUGUUUUAUUUCUAAGAAGAAAGGAUCAAAGAUGCUUAUUUGAGAGGAUAGUGAUUGAAUUCCUCACGUUUCAGGCUUCUUCCCUGAAGGUUUCUCCCAGAAAGUCUUACAAAGGCCUUAGAAAGAGGACCCUCCCUGGUUCUUCUUCAAAGUAGGACGACUCUGGUUUCGUCUUUCUUUCCCUCCUAAUCUCUCCUCCCAUCAACUGCCACUCGAUAUGCAAUUACAUGACACGGAAAGAGCUCGCGUCUCUUCCUGCAUUUUCAUUUCAAACACGUAGAUGAAGCACGCUAAGAUCGAAUCCUCGUGCCGCCGUCUAAGCUACACCUUCCUGAGCUCAACGGAGGAGCCCUGGAGGUCCCGUACAAACCCGAGGAGCCGUUUCUGACCGGACCUGUGGAUGUGUUGCUUCUUGGUUUCUCUUUCAGUCGGUACGGGCCUCCAGGGAGCUCAAUGACGUUGAUUUCACGGUUACAUCCACCGUCCAUCUGCUGAAUAUCACGCUGUAACGAAACACCACCACCCAUCCAGGUCCUAACAGACUCUUGCAGGAGGAAGAGAUGUGUACAGCUUAACUGACGGAGUUGAGCGAGAAUUAAAGCUUAUUAUAGUCUGUCUUUUACUGAACCCAUGAUGUGGAUUAGUGGGUACCUUGGAAACGGAAAGCACCUUAAUAGCCAAGUCUGUCUGAACUGCAGAGUGUAGAUGAGCAAACUUGGGAUGUUUUAUUUCUUGAAGGCUAAAACCAUCAGAGAAGGGAGCUCAUUAAACUGCAGGAUGCUUGAUGAAUGAAUGAAAUCCACCAGUUAACCACUUUACUCACAGCGCACGCUUACGAUGGAGACAAACGUAGUCCAAUAAAAACAUGCUGGGAAGGUCCAACCGGCACAUCUGUCUCUCCAGGACUCAUUUUGGUAAAUACGAGCAGUUUACAUGGCUCUGUUUCAGUCUGUCUCCACUACCGGGGCAACAGAUCUUUUAUUUAUAGUUUAAUAUUCACAUAUUCUGCAGGUUGAUGUUGCCACCAGGAUCAUUUAGCUGUUACAGCCACGUGAAGCACACAAUCCAAGAUGGCCAUAAAAGCCUGCAGCCACAUUGAAACAGACGUGAAGGCAGUUUUAAUGCCACAGAAGUCAGAAAAUUAGAAGAAUGAUCCAUAACUAAUUGACGCUGAAAUUUAACUAAUUCAAAACUUUAAAAAACUAAAAAAAAACAACCAACAUUGAGACCAGUUUUUACAUUUACCCCCAAACCAGCUAAAUGAAGUCAGGUGUUCUGCCUUGUGCUUCAUGUAGGAGCAGUUUUACAUUCAGGGGACUUUAGUUUUCCUUUUCUUUCUGAAAAUGGAGCAGAAAGACUGAAACCUCUCAUGUCUGUACAUUAAGGAGCAGUUCAAGGUUUCUGCAUUCACACAUUCAGGCUGAUGGAGACUUGUUGACACCAGAGUCUGAACAAGGGUCCACCGGCAGCUGACGGUGAAUCAGUCCAGAAAGGUGGCGUGUCCUUGGACUUCAGAGACUCCGAUGGAGCUCAGACUCACUUUUGUUCCUUAAUUCACGGAUUAAUGCUUCAUUAUGCAAAAUUUAUGACUAUAAAUGGCAGGUAGGCGUGGGACAAUGUUCCAGCAAAGAAAGGGUGUUAAUUGGACCGUAGUUGAGGCUACUGUGAAUCUAUUACGUGUUAAGAUAACAAUACUGUCCUGAAAUGUCCAAUUGGAUCAUACUCUGGAGUCAUCUGCAUGCCCUGCUGCCCUUUUAAAGAGGACAAAUUCAAGUUCAGACCAUUUUAAAACAAAUAUCAACAUCCUUUUACUUCCUUUAGCAUGUGUGGCGUGCACCUUUGCAGUGCUUGUGUCUUAUAUGGUCAGGAACAUGCAGACGUCCACAGAGGAGUCCACAUAAAUGCUGACGGACAGGAUUUAGCCCUUGUGGAGGCAGAAAGCAGGAAUUGGCCUUAAAUGUGAAGCUACUGGCUGGUUUUCUUGAAACGGAGACCAGAGCUCCAUCAACUGGCCUGUGUGGGAACUUCAGGAACCAUCAGAAAUACUUUUUAGAUUAUUAUUAUUGAUCAAUAAACUGAAGAUCUAAUGUGUUCAAGGUGGUUAUUUAAACAGUCUGAGCUGAGCGAACAUCUCCUAAAGCCUAUUUCCCCAAAUCUUCUAUUGCUUUCAUUGAGUAUUGAUCAGUUUGCUCUGUAAGUUCACACCAGUUACUGGUGCUCCUCUAAAUGUCACAAUACAAAUAAAACAGAGCGACAAAGAAGCAGCAGCUCCUCAGAACUCUUGCUGCUGCUUGGACAACAUCUGUAAUCAGUAAUAUCAACAUUGGACCAAUAAGACGUCCAUCUGGCUCCUGUACGUCGGUUGUAUCGGCUACAGAUCAAUAAAUCAUUCAGACUUGGUGGAGACCUGUAGCUUUGUUGGCCCCUAAAUGUAUCUGAAAUCCCUCAUCUUGUCCACACAAACAUCAUUUUCAUUUUUUCUGUGAGUAAAUUCUCAUUUCAAUCCCAACAUAAAGAACUUCUUUGUCUCAUUGGGAUACUGCUGUAAAUGUAAUAUUAUUAUUAUUAUUUUACAUCUGCUUAUCUAUAAACCCAAAAUUUGUGAACCCUCUUUUUACAUUUCUUAAGGAUUUCAUGUUUUCCCGUUAAUAUAUUAGUUUACUUUAAGAACAAGUGUCCCAAAGCGUUUCCUCUGACGUCACACACCGCAUUACUCCUGAUUGAGUGAAAUGUUGUUGCCAGACAGAAAGGAUCAAUUUUCCAAAUUACUUCUGGGAAUAAAAACAACAACAA